UUGUAGACAACAUUAGGAUAUCAGGGUUUGAAGCCGUUAAGAAUGUCUUUGCCAAGUCGACAAACAGCUAUUGUUAACCCUCCACCGCCAGAGUAUAUAAAUACUAAGAAAAAUGGGCGAUUGACAAACCAAUUGCAGUAUCUACAAACAGUUGUCCUGAAGGCUUUAUGGAAGCAUAAUUUUUCCUGGCCUUUUCAGCAGCCUGUGGAUGCCGUGAAACUACAGUUGCCUGAUUAUUAUACCAUUAUAAAAAACCCAAUGGAUUUAAAUACAAUUAAGAAGCGCUUGGAACAUAAAUAUUAUGCGAAGGCUUCAGAAUGUAUAGAAGACUUCAAUACAAUGUUCUCAAAUUGUUACUUAUACAACAAGCCUGGAGAUGACAUUGUUCUUAUGGCACAAGCUCUAGAGAAGUUGUUUAGGCAGAAAUUAUCUCAGAUGCCACAAGAAGAACAAGUUGUGGGUAGUAAAGAAAGAAUAAAGAAAGGCACUCAACAGAAUGUAGCAGUUUCUUCUGUUAAAGAAAAACAAUCCCCCAAAGCAUCGGAAAAAAUAUUUAAGCAGCAAGCGAUUCCCUCUGUAUUUCCUGAGACAUCUAUUUCUCUUUUAAAUGUGGCACAAGGUGCUCCAGUCAACUCUACCUCACAAACAGUGGCCCAAGUGACAAGGGGUGUGAAGAGGAAAGCAGAUACAACAACUCCUACAACUUCAGUAGUUAAAUUGACUGGUGAAUCUUCCCCAACUCUUAAAGAAAACAAAUCGGUGAAAAUGCCACCUGUGAAAGAAAAUGUGUUAAAGAAUGUUUUACCGGACUCUCAGCAACAAUAUAAAGUUGUAAAGAGUGUUAAAGUAACUGAACAAUUAAGGCACUGCAGUGAGAUUCUUAAAGAAAUGCUUGCAAAGAAACACUUGUCAUAUGCAUGGCCCUUUUAUAAUCCUGUUGAUGUUAAUGCUUUGGGACUUCAUAACUACUACGAUAUUGUGAAAAAUCCAAUGGACCUCGGAACCAUCAAGGGAAAAAUGGACAACCAAGAAUAUAAAGAUGCAUAUGAAUUUGCUGCAGAUGUUAGAUUAAUGUUCAUGAAUUGCUACAAAUACAAUCCUCCAGAUCAUGAAGUAGUAACAAUGGCAAGAAUGCUCCAGGAUGUUUUUGAAAUGCAUUUUGCAAAGAUCCCAGAUGAACCUGUUGAGAGUAUGCCUGUAUGUUACAUCAAAACAGAUACCACUAAAAUCGUCAGCAGAGAAAGCAGCAGUGAAGCUUCCUCUGAAGAUAACUCUUCUGGUGAUUCCGAAGAUGAACGAGUUCAGCAUCUUGCAAAGCUUCAGGAGCAGCUUAAAGCUGUUCAUCAACAGCUACAGGUUCUGUCCCAAGUACCUUUCCAUAAGCUAAAGAGAAAGAAUGAGAAGACUAAAAGGGAAAAGAAAAAAGAAAAGGUUAAUAAUGGAGAUGAAAACCCAAGGAAAAAGUUUAAACAAAUGAAAUUAAAGGAAAAGUCCAAGAGCAACCAGCCAAAGAAAAGGAAACAACAGGCCUGUGCUCUGAAAUCUGAAGAUGAAGAUAAUGCUAAACCUAUGAACUAUGAUGAGAAAAGGCAGUUAAGUUUGGAUAUAAACAAACUCCCUGGAGAUAAACUUGGGCGAGUCGUUCAUAUAAUACAAUCAGGAGAGGCUUCGCUGAGAAAUUCCAACCCUGACGAGAUAGAGAUAGACUUUGAAACCCUGAAAGCAUCCACACUGAGAGAACUAGAAAAAUAUGUUGCGGCAUGUCUAAGAAAAAGACCACUAAAACCUCACGGUAAGAAAAUAAUGAAAUCCAGAGAAGAACUUCAUUCACUGAAAAAACAGGAGUUGGAAAAGCGAUUACUGGAUGUCAAUAAUCAGUUAAAUGCUGGAAAACGUCAAACAAAACCUGAGAAAACACAGUCAUCAUCCAAGCCCGUUGGAGGUGGUUCCCGGCUGAGUGAAAGCAGCAGCAGCAGCAGCAGCUCAUCAGCCUCUGAAAGCAGCAGCAGUGACCUGAGCUCCCCAGACAGCAGCGAUUCCGAAUCAGAAACAUUUCCUAAAUUUACUGGAGUAAAACAGAAUGAUUCUCCUUCUAAAGAGAAAGUAAAGGUACAGUCUUCUGUGCAAGAUAUAGCCUCUACAAAAACUACCCUUGUUCAUCAGACUACACAUGCAUGUGGAACACCACCAAAUCACCACCAGUCAGCAUUUAAUCAUCAAGAAUUAGAACAUUUACAGAGUGUGAAAAACACUUCGUCUUUACAAAUUCUGCAUCCUUCAGGUGAUUCUGAACAACGCUCGAAUGGCCUAACUGCGAUGCAUCAGUCUGGUGAUAAUGACACAGUGGUGUUAGAAUGUGAAUGUCAAGUUCCUGUGCAGAAGGAUAUAAAGAUCAAGAAUGCAGAAUCUUGGAAAAGUUUAGGCAAACCAGUCAAAACAUCAGGUGUACUGAAAUCUUCAGAUGAGCUAUUCAACCAAUUUAGAAAAGCAGCAAUAGAAAAGGAAGUAAAAGCUCGAACACAAGAACUAAUACGGAGGCAUCUGGAACAGAAUGCAAAGGAGCCAAAAGUAUUUCAAGAAAAUCAUAGGGACCUUGGCUUCACUCUAGAAUCCUUUUCAAAUAAAAUGCAAAACAAAUACCUUGGAGAAGAACAGAAAGAACAUCAGCAGUCAUUGGAAGCUCAAGAUAAAUGCAAACUCUCGCUUCCUGAAGAGCGUAAUUUAGCAAGGGAGAAAGAGCAAGAGCGGAGGAGGAGAGAAGCAAUGGCUGGUACCAUUGAUAUGACUCUGCAAAGCGACAUUAUGACAAUGUUUGAAAAUAACUUUGAUUAAAACCCAGUUUUUUAAUUAACCAUCAACUUAAAAUGAUAAUAUAAAAGAUUAAAAUGCAUAUAGUAAAAUGAUUGCUUUCAGACAUCAAUCUUAUAUUGUAUUUUGACUGCUCUAAAAUGAUUAAACAAUUUUCACUUACA